AUGUUUUCCUUUAUUGUGAGACAUGCCUUGUACAGGUUAUUGACUGGGAAUUUUAAGGAUUUGAGUGAUCAGUUGGGAAUGGAUAGGAAUUCAUUAAAAUUAGAUGUUAAAAAACUUUCGAAUACGAUGGAGGAAAUGCAACACGCAGCCGAGUCGGUCAUGCAAAAUUCGACAUCGAUAGGAUCUGUCAGCACUUUGCAAUCAAAUUCCGAUCUAACAGCCACAAAAAGCAAAUCAAAAAGUGCUGAUUUAGUGAGUACUAUUGGCUCUUUGGAUUUUACUCCAAAUGAAGUGAGAUUAUUCAAAUUUUACAAGUUUUUAUUAAGUGCCAAAUUUCGAGUACUGACCUAUUUGAUUUGUUUUGUGAUUCACAUAUCGUUGUGGUUGAUUUUGGGCUUAAUUCAAUUGACCAAUCCUGAGUCUGCCUCUCCAUAUUACAAUACUGGAAUUAACAAUUUUUUUGGAGCUUGUACGAUGCAUUCAGGAACAGUGGCAGUUUUCUGUGGAUUAUUUGCAUCUUACUUGGCUGCUCUGGUUGUCCUGCUCUUGAUUUCCUUCUUCUUGGAGAAGGAUACAUGGGGAAUCAAAAUAGAAACUUCAGUAAUGAGCAUUCUCCUCCUCAUUGCUGUCAUUAAUUAUCUUGUCUGUCCAUACAUUACCAUUAUAAGAACUUAUACUGAUUAUUUCUUUCCGUAUGGUCAAUCGAUGGUUAUGUAUUCCAUCAUUCAACUCUUUGUUUUUGUAACCAUUCCACUGUGCAGAUCCAUAAAAGGAGAUGGGAUAUUUCCAGAGGAAAUUGCUUCCACAAUGUUCGAAAGAAUUCUCCUCAAUAAGGAAACUUUCAAAAUAGCCCUCGAUUUCAGCAGGAGAUCCUACUGUUCAGAACCAGUCCUAUGUUUCGACAAUAUUGAAAAUUAUAAGAAAGCUCGAAGAAAAUCAAACAAGCUCAAAAUUGCACUUCACAUUCUCAAUACCCAUCUGAAGAAAGGUGCUCCACUCGAGUUGAAUAUUGACAAGAUUGAGGAACGAUUCAAAUCACUCCAAGAGAACAUUUCCAAUCAGGAUGAGAAGAAAAUUGAUGAAGAAGUUGGAUUGUUGAGAAUUCACUGUUUACAAGACAUGUCUGAAAUGAUGUAUCGAUUGAUUUUGAGUGAUAAGGUAGUUAAAGAGGUGGCAAUGAUGAAUUCUGGUAAAAUUCCAGUGGAUUCACUAAAUUCACCAGUUUCGUCUGAACUUUCUAAUGUUUAA